AUGGCUAUUUAUCAAGGCUUUAUGACCAUGAGAGAGGAGAAAUUGUUUUGUCAUAGCAGGUCAGCGCACAUUGUAUCAGAACGCCACACCAUAAUAGAAGACUGCCAUUGCGUGCUUUAUGAUCAUGUCCACCCUGCAGAAGAAAUGUCAUACUUCCCAACACCUACCAUGAGAGACGAGUACGAUGGCGGCUAG